AUGUGUGCUGCAAGGGCGACCCGUCUGAAAUGGGCGGUACCCCCGGCUGCCCUAGCUGCAUACACGGCGGGGGAGUGGUCACACCCCGGACAAUCAAGAGCUCGGUUCACGACUUCUCGAACACAGUAUACCAAUGAUUCGGAGUCUGGGAGAUCCAAUACUGGGUCAGAUGGUCAUAGCGAAGAUUCUAAGGAUGAUGGAGUUAAGCAAAUCGUUGGCACCACUGGUUGGGUUGAUGUGGGUAGUAUUACCAACUUGAUUACCCCAGAUUGGGCAAGAUUCCUCCCAAUUACCGCUCAAAAGCUCCAGCGAGAGCUCUCCCUUUCUCCCGGCUCAUUGGCAGACGAUAUCUGGAGGGAGGCACAUGACCCCGAUAUCAACCCUGAAAUUCUCUAUGAGGCCAGGGUACGAGUGAGUGGAGAUCUAUGCGAUGAAGAACAAGUCUUCAGACGGCAACGACAACGAAGGGUUAUGAAAGCAUUGUCAUCUUACCUUGACAUUCCCGAGGAGGACAUCCACCCAGACGAUGUACCUGUUAUUGCGAUGUGUGGCUCGGGAGGUGGUCUGCGCGCUCUAGUUGCAGGUACCGGAUCGUACCUAGCAGCACAGGAAGCAGGACUGUGGGAUUGUAUCACCUACACAGCUGGUGUCAGUGGAAGCUGCUGGCUGCAGACUUUGUACCAUUCAUCCGUUGGGCAGCGAGACUUUGACAAACUCGUCGAUCAUCUAAAGAGUCGGCUUGGUGUGCACAUUGCGUUUCCGCCCGCAGCUCUCGAUCUGCUCACUACUGCUCCAACGAACAAAUACCUUCUCAGCGGGUUUGUGGAAAAGCUCAAAGGCGACCCCGGAGCGGACUUUGGGCUGGUAGACAUUUACGGAUUGCUGCUCGCAGCAAGACUCUUAGUCCCGCGAGGAGAACUGGGGAUCUCAGAUAGGGAUUUCAAGUUGUCGAACCAGCGAGUCAAUUUAAUGGACGGGGCCCACCCGCUCCCCAUCUACACGGCAGUGCGACAUGAGAUUCCUGUCGAGGUCCUCGAAAACGAAAAUGACAAAGCGCAUCGCACACCCGAACAAUUGAUGAGGGAGUCACGGAAUGAGGCAUGGUUCCAGUGGUUUGAGUUUACCCCCUACGAAUUCUUCUGUGAAGAACUCGGCGCCGGUAUUCCUACCUGGGCUUUGGGCCGUCAUUUCAAUGCGGGCCGCGCUGAAGUCUUUGCGGACAAUCUUCCCCUCCCAGAGUUGAGGAUUCCAGGGCUCAUGGGAGUGUGGGGAAGCGCGUUCUGCGCAACAUUAUCUCACUAUUACAAGGAGAUCCGGCCUCUGGUCAAAGGCCUGGCUGGAUUCGGUGGAAUCGAUUCUCUCAUCCAAGGCAAAAACCAAGAUCUGAUCAAGGUGCAUCCCAUUGAUCCUGCGGGAAUACCUAACUUCGUAAUGGGCAUGAAAGAUCAACUGCCGGACUCUUGCCCGGAUUCGAUCUUCAAAAACGAUCACUUGAGUCUCAUGGAUGCAGGAAUGAGCAACAACCUUCCAAUCUACCCGCUCAUCCGACCUGGACGCGAUGUUGACAUAAUUGUCGCAUUUGAUGCAUCUGCCGAUGUUAAACAAGAGAAUUGGCUCUCUGUUGUCGACGGAUACGCCAGACAACGCGGUGUCAAGGGUUGGCCCGUUGGCGCCGGAUGGCCCAAAGAGGCUAGCAUGGAGGAUACCGAGAAAGCACUGCGCGAGCCAGAGCACAUUACCAACGAUCAAAUAGCCAAGAAUCUUACCAAGGCCCGAAAUAAUUCCAGCAACAAAUCGCCCGGUGACAAAAAGCCCAGUUCCAGUACAGACCUGAGCUACUGCAACGUCUGGGUUGGCACCACAGAAGAACGAACUUCGAACGAUGAACCUCCGCCAUCCAAACGACUCUUCGAUCCAUCUACCGACAAGGAUCAGAAAGAAUCGGACUUUCAUCUGAUGCGUCCAGACGCCGGGAUCGCUGUGGUUUACUUCCCUUUGAUUCCCAACCCUGAUGCACCAGAUCUCCCUUCCAAACCUCACGUUCGUCCGCGAGCAGCUAUUCAGUCUAUGAGACAGGGUAGCCCUCAAACCAAAGACCCAGAAAAGCCCCUCGCGCCACACCCCAACUCGAUCGACCCUGACGUUGAUGACUUCCUAUCUACCUGGAACUUCAUCUAUACGCCGGAGCAGAUUGAUUCCGUCGUUGGUCUUGCAAAGGCCAACUUCUCUCAGGGCGAAGAGCAAACCCGUCGUGUUGUCCGCGCUGUUUACGAGCGCAAGAAGUCCGAUCGACUCAAGAAGGAGGCGCAAGAACAUCGAAAGAAGAUGGAAGGCUUUGUGCCUUUGUAA